ACCUGUGUAUUUCACCUGUAGCCGUCCACCUUUUGUGCAUGGGACGCUCCGGUGAGCAGACGCACUGUGACUGAGAGGAAGUAGUCCAGGGAGAGAUGAGAUGAGGUUUUAUACCCUACGAGUUGGAUGUCUGUUGGGGUUCGCGUGUUUUCUGUCACUUUCUUGGAUAAAAUCCCUUCCGGGUGAUGGAGCCCCAGACCUGCAGACGCUGCACAAGAGACUGUUGGUGGCCGAAGAGCUGGGAGGAAAGGUCAGCAAGGAUCUCAGCAUCAUCCUGGAGCAGCUGGGGAACAUGACGCGAGCGGCCAACGUCAGCCACCUCCAGAGCAACGCGUCCGUCAGCAACACCACCGCUAUGACAGUAAAGCAGCCAAGUGAUGAUCUGAGCCCACGGCCAUUGAUUCAGGCCAACAUGCACCUGUACAUGCCCCACCUCCGGGAGCAUCCACACAGCCUGGUACCCAACGUAGUGCUGGGGAAGGGACGCAGCGGAGUGACCAUGGUGUUGGCCAUCCCUACGGUGAAGCGGGAGAAGCAGAGUUACCUGGUCAGCACUCUCAGCUCCCUGCUGUCAGGCCUGACCUCCUCAGAGAGCCAGGAUCUCCUCAUCAUCGUCUUUGUUGCUGAGACGGAUUUGCAGUACGUGGACAGCGUCGCACGGACCCUCUCUGAGAAUUUCCCUAAAGAGGUGCAGUCCGGCUUACUGGAGGUGGUCUCCCCUUCGCAGCACUACUACCCCGACUUCAACGCCCUCAAAGAGACCUUUGGAGACUCCAAGGACAGAGUAAAAUGGCGAACCAAGCAGAACCUGGACUACAGCUUCCUCAUGCUGUAUGCUCAAGACAAAGGGACUUACUAUGUUCAGUUGGAAGACGAUGUCAUUGCAAAGUCUGGUUACUACAGCGACAUGAAGGCCUUCGCCUCGCAGACAGCUUCUAGCGACUGGCUGUACCUGGAGUUCUCCCAGCUGGGGUUUAUAGGUAAGAUGUUCAAGUCCAGCGACCUUCCCAUGAUAGCGGAGUUCUUCCUCAUGUUUCACAAAGAUAAACCUAUCGACUGGUUGCUGGAUCACAUUCUGUGGGUGAAGGUUUGCAACCCAGAGAAAGAUAAUAAACACUGUGAUCUUCAGAAGGCAAUGCUGAAGAGGAGAUACAAGCCCUCGCUCUUCCAGCACGUUGGCCUUCACUCUUCUUUGCCUGGAAAACUCCAGCGUCUGAAGGAUAAGGACUUUGGGAAGCAGAUGCUGUUUCAGCCUCACAGUAACCCGCCUGCAGAGGUGAGCACCAGCAUGAAACACUACCUGCAGCACAGCCUGGAAAGGUUUUACAAAGGAGACGACUUCAUGUGGGCUCUGACCCCAGUCCGGGGGGACUACAUCCUCUUCAGCUUCCUGCAGCCCAUCCACAUAACUGGGUACAUGUUCCGUAGUGGAAACAGCAAGGCCGCGGGGGAUAAACUCUACAACACCACAGUGGAAGUGCUGCCCAGCAAUGCUACAGCUGGAGGCAAUCUGCUCGCUGGCUCAGCCAAACAGUCAGAUGACAGCUUCAUCGUUAUUGGUGAAUUUAACAACGGAGUGGCUGAAGGGGAAAUCAAAGAAGCUCUGCAGCCCGUCUCAGCUCUGCGCCUGGUGGUCCAGUCGGACUCGGACGUCUGGGCGUUGCUGAACGAGGUUCACAUUAAAAUCUGAAGAGCUCGGCUCACGCUGGACCAGAGACACUGUUAGAGCAACCCUGAAGCCCGAUGAUCACGUGUUCCUGGGAUGUGAGAGGCGCUUCAGACAGAGAUUUGACUCAUGUUGAGUAACGAUGUGGAGGAAAAAGCUGACCGAACAUGGAACAGUGCUCCGGCCUAAAGACCAGUGAUGGGCGACUCCGAAGCCGUCUGCCCCACAUGUCUGGCACUAUGACGACAGAGUUUUCUGUUUAAUAAACACAUGGAUGAAAUAUCA